UAUCAGGAAUCUUCAUUAUCUGUGGUGCAGGCUCCCAAGUUACAAGUUUUUUGUAAAUUGAUAUUAUUAUUCGUGAUUCUCGUGGUCUCGUGGUGCUAGUGGUUGUUAUUCUAGCUGUUUUUUUGAUACAAAACGAUCUAUAAAUAUUAAAAUCUCUCAAAAAGCUUUCACAUUUGAUAUUUAAAAAAUAUUGAUAAAGAAUGUCUGAAGUGCAAGACAAUGGCUUCACUGAGCAAUCAUCGAUUGAGCCAGAACAAAGACCUAACGGUGGUGGUGGUGAUGAAGGCGAUGCAUGGGGGAGUCAUGAGUCGUCAUCGGUACGUCGCUAUGCAAGAAUGACAGUAGAUAGAAACGCUGCGUACUAUAAUAUGAACCACAAGAACCGCGGCAUGGCAAUUAUCUUCAAUCACGAGCAUUUCGAUAUCCAUAGCCUCAAAUCUCGAACAGGCACCAAUGUUGAUAGCGACAACUUGGCUCGGGUGCUAAAGGGCUUUGGGUUCCGAGUGACUGUUCUCGUCGACCGCAAAGCUGAUGAUGUUAAUAAAUAUCUACAGCAAAUAUCAGAAAUGGACCAUACUGACAAUGACUGUUUACUCAUUGCAGUGCUAUCUCACGGAGAGUUGGGAAUGCUGUAUGCCAAAGAUACCCACUACAAGCCUGAUAAUCUGUUCUAUCACUUCACUGCAGAUAGGUGUCCAACUUUGGCAGGAAAACCGAAAGUUUUCUUCAUACAAGCUUGCCAGGGUGAUAAGUUAGAUGGUGGAAUAACCUUGUCUAACAGAACUGAAACUGAUGGUUUAUCAAGUGCAUCAUAUAGAAUUCCGACUCAUGCUGACUUUCUGAUUGCAUAUUCAACAGUACCUGGAUAUUAUUCUUGGAGAAACACCACUCGAGGGUCUUGGUUUAUGCAGGCCCUUUGUGAAGAGCUUCGUUACUCAGGUACUGAUAGAGACAUCUUGACGUUGCUCACUUUUGUAGCACAGAGGGUAGCACUUGAUUUUGAAUCUAACACACCAGAUAUGCCUACUAUGCACCAACAAAAACAGGUGCCAUGCAUUAAUAGCAUGCUUAUAAGAUUACUUGUUUUUGGUAAGAAAUAGAAUUGUGCAAUUUAAAACCAAAAAUGAUAGCAUAUAAUAUUAUGUAUUAAAAGCAUGUUUUGUCACCUCCAUUCCUUGUUCUUCAUUAUUUUAGGAUACUGCAUUCCUAGUUUUAAUUUUAAUAUUUUAAUGGUGCUGAUUCUGUUGUUCACUGUGCUUUAAACUAGAUUAUAUUGACAUUUUAAAAAAUUAUACUAUUGUUUUGUCCUUGCUACAGUCUGAAAAUAGAGAGCAAAACUUUCCCGUCAGUUUAGUUUAGUUAGGAGAUUUUUUCACAACAGAAUAAGCAGCAUUGUGUUUAAGAUAGUGUCAGCUGUUAGAUCUAAAUUCUUGAAUAUAAUCUGCAGAAAUUAAUAAGUGAGUUGGAAUCCUUUAUUAGUUGAAAUAAAGUGAUGUGUGAAGUAAUUUUUACUGAAACUGGCCUUCUUCCUUGCAAAGCCUUUAAGUUAUUUAUAUAGGUUGUGUGAUCUCCAAGCAUUUCUUUUUUUGAGAUUUUUACAUAAAUAUUUUAAUUAAGAACUAUUUUUACAAAUACUGUUUGUUAACUGAAACCAGUAUAAAAUCUAUUUCAUUACAUUGGUGCUAAUUUGGUAGUACAUAAAUCCUAUGUUAAGUUUUUGGCUUCAAAGGUGUUGGAAAGGUAGGCCCUUGUAGACGGGAAAUAUUGGGAAAUUACUUUAAUAUUUUUGUCAGUAUAUUAUAGGAUUUCUAUACAACAGUAUUAGCACCAUUUCUCAGAAAUAUUUAGCGCAUAAUGACAACUGUAUCCCAAGAUAAACACACACUGCUGGUGUGUAUUUUGUAGGUCUACAUUAUCAUAUAUCAGUAUAUAUGCCAUACAAAAUCCAUGCAGCAGUCUGCAUGGAUUUUGUAUGGCUGUUUUGCAGCCUUGGCCCUAAAUUGUUUGAUACUUUUUGGGUAUGAGUAUCUCAAAAACUUUCUUAAAAAUAGCAUUUAAUAAAGUGCACUUUAUUUGCCUCAUUAGUCAUUGGCCUAAGCAUGUUAACAUUAUUUCAUGAAAUUAAAGAUGUUGAUGGUAUAUAAUAAUGAAUUUGAAAUAAAAAGCGCAAAUACACAGUAAAAUGUUACCUUUAGAUGAAAUUUUUAGAUUUUAAUAGUGGGCUCAAAUUUAGAUAAGUGUUUUAAAUGCAUUCUCAAGCUUUUAAAUAAUACUAACAUUUUCUAUCAUAAUAAAUAAAUGAUAAGCCAUUUGUUGUUAAAAAUUAUGUACUUAAGAACACUGCCAAUAAUAUAUUUAGUAGUCUACACUAUAAAUUUAUUAUAAACUGCAACAAUUUUUUGUCAAUGAGUUUUCCAUUUUAGUUUGAUCAGUUUUAUAUCUAUAACAUUAUGUUUAAAUACAUAUCAUAUGUGAUACAUAGUUAUUAAAAGAGAUGGUCAAGCUGCAAUUCAAUAGAGAUUUUUAUAUGCCUAUGAUGUCAGCACAAAAGGAAUUUCAUAAAUAUUUUUGGCUUCCUAAUUAUUAUUUUCAGUAAUUAUGAUUGUUUAUUGAAUGAUAAUAAUAUCCUAUUUCUUUUCGAAUGUUUUACUUUAAGUAGAUAACUUUAUGUGUUAAUCUUAUGGAAUUAAUAUUCUAGUUUUUUCUUUUUCAGUAAAUUUAUAUUAAUAUUAUUUUAGGAAUAUUAGUAAGUAAACUAAACUCUUGAAAUAAGUCUUACUCAUACAUUAAAUGCAUUAGAUUAAAUGGCAUUUAUUUGCUGUAUUGCCAUUUUACCACCUUUUUUAAUACAAAGUUAGGCUUGUAUAAGGGGCAUGAAGUUGUUUGCCAUUUUAGAUAUGUACCUACGUAACUUAAUAAUAAGCAUAUUAUUAUAGUUCAAUUCUUGUUUACCUCACAAAAAUUGGAAUGAAUUUAUGUAUGUGAUAUCUGUAUGACUGAUAUUAGUGUAUGGUAAGAUAAGGGUCAAAUAUCUGUGACGAGAUUCAGUAUAUUGUCCAUUGAAAAAUGUGCCUUCAAGACACUCAAAUUUAAUAGUAUUACAUUAGUGUAUGUUAUCAAAAGUAUUUUUAAAAUGUAUGAAUCUCUUCAUAGACUUUUGCAAUGCAACAAAAUGACGUAUUUUGUUAACAAACCUUAUUUUUGUAUUUUGAGUACCUAAGCAAUAAAUUCUUUUGAAGUUUCA